AGACGAGUGACCAGUCGGUGGCCUCCUUGCUUACAGCCAUGCUGCAGAUGUCCAGAGAUUCCGUCGGUUGCGUUCCUUCGCACUUGGAGACCGAUCAAGGUGGAAUCAGUUUCUGCGUUGACGAAUUCGAAACCGGCACGAUAUGCGCCCUCUUCCAUGACCUGAGUGUUCCUGAAGAUUUAGGACAUAUACUGGCGUCGGAGAUGCUGCAUCUGUUCAUCGAGGACAAUCGGACCGUGUUAGUGAACACGGGACGGCCUAGUAUGAGCUCUACAUAUGUAUUUCCGGACCGGCGCAUAGCCCAAACUGUGCGGAAUUCGAUGACAACGCUCUUAGACAAUUUACAAGACGAACCGGGUAUACGAAUAUGCGGCCUAUCAAACCAGGACAGUUGCGACCCUUUCUUCACCCGAAUUGCGGUGGACCAGCACGCAUUCGAUGCGAACAUAACGGGAGUGAUAGAAAGCGCCGCCUUUUUGUUGGGGAAACUCUGUGACGGGCUCGAUAAUAUAUCAAUGUCAAUGGGAGUCAGCACAGCCCAUUGCACUAAGGUCGAUGAAGAGCAAUGGUUCGUGGUGGUGGCGGACAACGUACUCUCCAAUAUAAGCAGUGUCAGACAAACAGCCGAUGUUCUGAAAAAGGCUUUUUCCAUCGCAACAUCUUUAGACUGAAAUAUAGUCUACACAGGCGCGUGAUCAUGCAAGAGUGGGUUCACGGAUGAGCGUUUGUUACAAUAGCAUGUAUAUUGAAGCAACGGAUGUUCUGUAGGUCAUGUGUCUUUCGUAGAAUCGACAUGAUAGACAGGGCAGGCGUAACACGAGUCGGGUAACAAAAUAUAGCCGCGAAGAAUCCGAGCGUUCAGAUUAUUCGUGGCUAUAUUUGGUUACCCGAAUGAAGGGGUUCCUUUGCCAAUCUUGUCCGCUCAGGUUACUACACCUAGUCCCUUUGACGCAGCCAGGACAAUAUAAAAUAGAUACUAGUAUUUGAAUCAAUCCAGGCAGACUUUCCAACACAACACGCUUUUAACCUCUGGCUAAAUCAAGAGUGAACUUUAUGCACCAGUGAUUAUGCGAACGACAGUCACAGCACACACAAGAUGCUUUGUCUGACCUGUCUCAUGUCUGAAAGGUGACGGGUGAGGUGAUCCAAGUUUCAACAAUCAGCUCAAGUCCCGGAUUGCGAUUCGGACAAAACAAACAUAGUAUUUUUUUAUAAAAAAAC